AUGCAAUUCAAAUACUGUUUUACUUCUCUGACCUUCGUGACGACUGUUCUGGCCGCUUAUGUUCCUCCAGAACCAUGGUCUACCUUAAUUCCAACUGCAACAUAUACAGGUGGUUUAUCAUAUUAUACUACUUCCUUUGGUAUUGCCAUUGCGUCAGUUAAUCCAAUUCAUGUCCCUUAUUCACAUCAUAAAAGAGAUAUUGUUUCACAAAUAGGUGACGGACAAGCUCAGGUUCGUCAUGUGACUAAAGUGGCCGCAAUCUCUCAAAUUAAUGAUGGACAAGCUCAAGCACCAAGACAUACUAUUGCAAUAGUUUCACAAAUUAAUGAUGGUCAAGCACAAGUUGCCAAACCAAUAAGUGUUGUUUCCCAAAUUGGUGAUGGGCAGAUACAAGUUCCCACUCAUGUUCCAACCACUAUCGCUACACGGACAGCUGUCUCUCAGAUUGGUGAUGGUCAAGCACAAAUUGCAACAAAGGCUGUCUAUGAUGGAGUGGGGAUUGCCACAGGUAAACUUUUUAGUUCAUCUAAUCCAGUACGUAACGUUGCUUGUAAAUCUAAAGGUACGUUGGCUAUGACAAUUAAACAUGGGUUUUUAACUGACUCUAAGGGUAGAAUUGGUUCUAUCGUUUCUAAUAGACAAUUUCAAUUUGAUGGGCCACCACCACAAGCAGGUGCCAUCUAUGCUGGAGGUUGGUCUAUUACUCCAGAAGGUCAUUUAGCUCUAGGCAAUCAAGAUAUUUUCUACCAAUGUCUCUCUGGUGAUUUUUACAACUUGUAUGAUAAAUCCAUUGCCUCCCAGUGUGGUCCAGUUUAUCUACAAGCUGUCGAUCUUAUCGAUUGUUAA